AUGGCCGCGCAGCUUCCGUUUAUUUAUUCGAUAGACAUAAUCAAACCCAACAGCAACGCGCCAAGGCUAGAGUUGCGUGAGGUACCCUCCGAUCUUAUUCCUCACCGAGCGCUGCUCUGCAAUCCGUGGCUGAGACAGGUUAAAGGGAUACCCAAGAAACAUCAGUUUGGUUUUUUCGGCGUAGGAUACGAUAAUAGUAGACCAGAAAAGGUUUACAAGAUGUUGGGCUAUUAUGUUGGUCGCCAGUACCAUGGAGCUGCGAUCUACGAGUCUGCGCCUCAGGCGUUGAAGUGUAUUGAUACACCUGACAAAGACUGGUCCUCAAGUGAAACAGCUAGACGAACAAACGUGUGCUUGAAUGGAAAUCUCUAUUGGGUUGAAAGUAAUCCGGAGUACUUCAUCCGAAGCUUUGAUUUCUCUACGGAGAACUUCAAGCCGUUUUGUCCCCUUCCGUGUCAGAAGAUCCAAGAUCUUGAUGAACGUUUUCUCCUCGCGGUUUAUAAGAGAGAUGGGUUUUCUUUGUUAAAGCACUGCGAUGCAACGGAGGAGGUUGAGGUUUGGGUAACAAAGAAUAAGAUCGAUAAAGAGGAAGUGGUGGUGUGGAUAAAACUCAUGACUUUGCCUACUACUAACUUUCCAAGGCUAAGUAAUGUGUUUUAUCGCGUUAGUUACUUCAUCUUUGACAAGACCCUAUUCAUGUGCAUGGACGAUUAUACAAGCGGAGCGCCUUCCAUCUACAUUGUGAGGGGAGAUAUGUGCAAGAAGAUUCAACAAGGAUUCCGAAUGUUUCCUCUAACUCGUGAUCUCACCAAGUCAUAUAUCAUGAAAACAGGAAAGUAA